AUGGAGAACACGGUGGAGGCGCAACUGCGGCGCGAACUCGAGCAAGAGCGAAGUGAUGCAAAGAGCGAAGCCGGAGUGGAGGGUGGAGGUCGCAUGGGCGUGCGUGUGUUGGACCUCACGCGGGUGCUCGCGGGUCCCUUCUGCACCAUGCUGCUGGCGGACAUGGGUGCGGACGUCAUUAAACUCGAACUACCCGGCAUUGGCGACGACGCCCGGCAGUUUCCGCCGUUCAAGGACGGCGUGAGCCUCUACUACGUCAACCUCAACAGGGGCAAGCGGAGCAUUACCCUCAACCUAAAGAAUGCGGAAGGCAAGAAGGUGUUCCUAGACCUCGUGCGCAAGUGUGAUGUGGUGAUAGAGAACUUCAGUCCGGGCACUAUGGACCGCAUCGGGCUCGGCUACGAGAAGCUCAAGGAGGUCAACCCGCGCAUCGUCUAUGCUGCCAUCUCCGGCUUCGGCCAGACGGGCCGCUACAAGAGCCGGCCCGGCUACGACAUCAUCAGCCAGGCGAUGAGCGGCCUGAUGAGCAUCACCGGCUGGCCAGACUCCCCGCCCACACGCGCAGGCACCGCGAUUGGCGAUAUGACCUGCGCGCUGUUCACCUGCGUCGGCGUGUUGUCUGCGCUCCAGGUGCGAAGAACCACGGGCCAGGGGCAGCUGGUGGACGUAGCCCUCGUGGAUUCGCUGUUCACGACCAUGAGCCAGCAUGUACAGAAGAUAUUUAUUGAGGACGCCGUACCAUCUCGGAUCGGCAACAGGUAUGAGUUUAUCGCGCCCUACGAUUCGUUCAAGGCGGCCGAUGGAUGGGUCAUCAUCGCCGUCGCCAACGAUGCCAUCUGGCAGCGCUUUGUUGCGUGCACCGCUGGCGCUCUCGGCAUGGCCACCGAAAUUGCCGAUCCGACGUUCAACACCAACCCCAAGCGGUUGGAGAACCAUGCACAGCUCAAGGUGCUCGUGGAGGGCUGGACAUCGCAGCACAAGAUUGAAGACAUCGUGACCCUCCUCCUCGAGAACCGAAUUCCAGCCUGUCCGAUCAAGGAGUUGGCCGACGUGGCCAACGAUCAGCACGUCGCACAUGACCGCAAGAUGAUCGUCGAAGUUGAGCAACCUGAGAUCGGCACGGUGAAGCUGAUGGGCAAUCCGGUAAAGAUGUCUCACACCAACCCCUGCCCCCGCGGCCCUGCGCCAGUGCUCGGCCAGCACAACAGCGAGGUGCUUCGCGAGCUCCUCGGCCUUUCCGCCGACGCCAUCGCCGCCCUCAAGCAACAAGGCGUCUUCGACUGA